CGCCGUGACUGGGGCGGGACUUCCUGUCCUGCGGCCUACAAGGACGUCUGUGGGUGCGGCGGUGAGCCCGCCCGCAGAUUGGCUGGGCUUCUGCGCGUGUGCUAGUUCCCUUGUGCUGUUCUCUACGCGUGUCUAUAUCGGGAGGCAGCCAUGGAGGGGCCGCCGCCGGCGCCGCGCAGCCGCCUCCUCGGGACGCUGGCUCCUUUCCCUCGGGUCUUUGCCGCCGGAGCCGUGGCUGCGGACGCGAAAGCCGACGGGAAGACUGCGAAGCUGCCUUACUACAUCCCAGAGCCCUGUCCCACUCAAUCCGGGUGGGACCGCCUCCGGGAGCUGUUUGUCAGAGAUGAGCACCAGAGAAUUUCAGAGGAGCUUGAGGACAUCUGUAAGGCAGCAGCUUCAGCAGGCAUCAUUGGCUGGGUAUAUGGGGGAUUACCAGCUUUUAUUCAUGCUAAGCAGCGCUACAUAGAGCAGAGCCAAGCAGAGGUUUAUUAUAACCAAUUUGAUGCCGUGCAACACGCACACCGUGCUGCAUUGCGAGGCUUCCUUCGGUAUGGCUGGCGCUGGAGUUGGAGAACUGCGGUAUUUGUGACAAUAUUUAACUCAGUGAACACAGGACUAACUGUGUACCGAAAUAAAAAUGCCCUGAGCCACUUUGUCGUGGCAGGAGCUGUCACAGGAAGUGUUUUUAGAAUAAACUUAGGCAUGCGUGGCCUGGUGGCUGGUGGUAUAAUUGGAGCCUUGUUGGGUGCUCCUGUGGGAAGCCUGUUGAUGGUGCUUCAGAAGUACUACGGCGAGACAGUUCAGGAGAGGAAGCAGAAGGACCGACAGGCCGAGCAUGAGCGGAAGCUGGAAGAGUGGAGAGCCAGGCUGCAGCUCACAGAACUCCUCCCUCAGGAGAUCGAAAGUAAUUUACAGAAAAAUCAAUCCCAGGAAGAUGCUGAGAGAAUUGAAACCCUGCUGAGCCUCCCUAGAAACCCUUCACCAGAUAAACAGGGCGAGGACUGAGAAUAUUCUGGAACUGAAUUACCUGGGGGCAUUGCAAGCAUCUGUGUGGCCAUGUCUGGAUGCCGGUGGUACAACAUUUUUACAUCAGCCUGCAACAGGCAUAAGGGCUGGCACCUGCAGUGGCAGUGAUGUUUUUUUAAGAAUUCCGGAGAACUGGGCUACUGUACUCUCACUUGUCCUUAAAUUUAAAUUCAUACUUAAAUCUACAUUCAUCUAUUGAUCUUUACCCUGAAUCUUAUAAAAGUUACUAAAAUGUCUCCCAAAAGAUUAAAGUUGAACUCCACGGGUUCUGUGUUUGCUCAUGUAGUCUUUUUAAAGUGUUCUCUGGGAAUGACUGGGAGGCAAGGAAAGAACAAGGAAGGUGAAGAGCUUGGGGAAUCAGGUCCUGGAAGCAGUGAAGGCCUAAACCCAUAGUGGUGCUGGUCUGUUUCAGCAAGGAUCAAAGAUGACAACUGCCAUUUGAGCUAAAAUAGGUCAACAUUAUAACAUACUCCAAUUUGCAAGACAUUGAUGCUUGUAGUAUGCAGGAACUGCUGGAAGAAACACCAUCCCUGCAUGCAAGAGUUUGCUGCCUAAGAAGGACAACACCUUGUGAUUUCAAAAGUUAUUACAUGAAGAGACGGAUGACAGAAUGAAGUAUACAUUAGCCCUUCAUUGCAGUUUUGCUUUCUGCAGCUCAGUUACUGUGAACCAAAAAUAUUACAUGAAAGAUUACAGAAAUAAAUCAUAGAUCUUAGAUGA